CGCGCGCCUCCUGCGUCGCUGCCCACGUAAUCGGAUUUGCGUUGUGACGCAGGCGCGCACGAGCUCGGCUUGUCUUCUUUAUUCCCCGAGCGCGAGCAGAUUCAGAAUCCGCUAUGUGUGCACAGCGCGAGAGCCCCCGCGCGCUCCUGCCGAGCUUGUCCGUAUAUUAGAUCUAGCUCGUUUAAAUCCUGAAACCGAAGAUGGCGUUGAGAUAACUGCGGGUUGAACCGGACUGUAGCUGCGACUUGGGAAGCGUCUCUUCACCGCGGAGAAGAAUGGAAAAGCCGCUGCUGCUGCUGUGCUCGCAGCUCAGCCUCCAGAGCAGGGUGUACGAGGUGACCUUAAACAGCGCUUCACUCUCCUGGAGGGAGCUCGAGUCGAGACAGAAACGGGCCGCUGGCAGCAUUUACGGUCCUCUUACGGCUGCAGGCAGCCACUGUGUGCCAGUGUGUGAGAUCAUAUCUGUCCACGAGACGGAGGAAGACUGUCCAAAAACAGAUGUAGGAAAGUGGCAGAAAGUUCCACAAAGUCUACCUGAAUCUAACCAGCAUGCUUUUACAGUGUCUUAUGUGGAGAGGACUCAGAAACACCGCUGGCGGUGCAGCGAAGUCACCUUCAUGUGCACUGAUAGGACACUGUGUCUACUGUGGGUCCAAGCCAUCAGGGAGCAGCUCUCACUAUUGACUACCCGACCGAAGCGCUUGCUGGUUUACAUAAAUCCCUACGGAGGGAAACACCGUGGGAAAAGGAUUUAUGAGCAGAAAGUAGCGCCAAUUUUUUCCAGUGCCUCUAUUUCCACUGAUGUGAUUGUUACAGAGUGUGCGAAUCAUGCCAGGGACCACUUGAAAACAGAGGCUAAUCUAAAGAAAUAUGACGGGGUGGUUUGCGUCGGAGGAGAUGGCAUGUUCAGUGAAAUCAUACAUGGCCUGAUCUGGCGUACGCAGCAUGACGCCGGUGUUGACCAGGACAGUUCAGACAAGACUCUGGUACCUUGCAGCCUUCGUAUCGGCAUCAUUCCCGCAGGUUCGACUGACUGCAUAUGCUACGCAACUGUGGGAUCCAACGACCCUGUGACCUCAGCUCUGCACAUCGUUGUGGGAGAUUCCCAGCCGAUGGAUGUUUGCUCCAUUCACCAUAACAACAGCUUUCUCCGCUACUUUGUCUCACUGCUUGGUUACGGUUUUUAUGGUGACGUACUGAGCGACAGCGAGCGGAAGCGCUGGAUGGGUCCCGCUCGCUACGACGUCUCAGGUGUUAAAACGUUUCUGUCACAUCGCUACUAUGAAGGAACGAUUGCUUUCGUCCCUGCCGAUGAGAACGUAGGGACUCCGCGAGACAAGCUGCAGUGCCGAUCUGGGUGUAACAUCUGCAGACUGCCUUCAACUGAUGAGGAAGUUUACAGAGAUGAGGAAAGCGUCUCAAGUAACGAGACAAAAGAACAGUGGCAGGUCAUCAGGGGAAAGUUUCUGGCCAUCAAUGCUGCGUGUAUGAGCUGCGCUUGUCCUCGCAGCCCCAAAGGCCUGUCUCCAUCCGCACACCUGGCUGAUGGCACAGCUGACCUCAUCCUGGUGCGCAAGUGUUCACGGGUUGACUUCCUGCGCCACCUGCUGCGUCACGUCAACAAAGAUGACCAGUUUGACCACCCGUUUGUAGAGGUUUACCGCGUGCGACAGUUCCGCUUCACCCCCAGGUACGAGGACACGGACUCUGACCUGGAGCUGGACGACGCAGAGGGCCCUGGUCAUAAACGCUUCUUCAGCCAGAUAUGCAGAGAGCAUCCAGCGUGCACCUGCAGACCGGGGCACAGCAGCUGGAACUGUGAUGGAGAAAUCUUGCCUCAUGCUGCCAUUUAUGUCAGAGUGCACUGCCAGUUGAUCAAGCUGUUUGCGAGAGGAAUCGAAGAGCAAUCGGUCUUUGAAGAACCUUACCCUCUCAGUGCAAUAUAGAGCUGCCUGUCACUUGGAAAAGGAAAAGAAAUCUAAUUUGCUGGACCAUGAAGGAUCCCAGGCCAUUAGGUCACAUUUGGGUUAACGUGAUGCUGUUACAGGUUUCAUUACGCAGCUAUUUGUAGCGCUUGCAGGAAGUGAUAUCAUUAGUUUGCUAGUAUGUGCACCCCAUUUGAGUAGAUAGCAUGAUUCAUAGAUCACUAAAAUCACAAUGGGGGACGGUUCACGUUGUUAAAGCUUUAUUUUCACAGUAUUGUUUUUUUUUUUUUUUUACUUCUUUUAGAGUCAAAAAAUUGCUAAGGAUGUUUCUUAUUCAACCUAGCACAAGUUUUGAGCAUGGUUUCUGUCAGUCUUCCUCUGUCAUCAAGCUGGCCUUGAUUUUUGGAUAGUACUAUCCCAAAGUACAAGUUUAAUGUGCAAUUUAUUCUAAUAAUUAUUUUUUUUUUACUGUAAGUGAAGUACUCGACAUAAUCUUGAAGUAGUUGUUAUUAAACAAUAUAUUUAGUUACUUCAGUUCUUUCCUUAAUAAAUAAUAUUUAUAAAUGACUGUUGUGAUAAUAUUAAGCUGUUUUGUCCAGCAGCUAAAAUGUAUCAUCUAUAAUGUGUAAUAUAUUGUUUUUGUAGCAGUCACGCACUCCGUGUAUACUGGACACUGAAGGCGAUUAGUCUAUCUCAUAAUACUCUACACAUUAUGCUGAGAGAAAUUGCUCAUUAGGAAAUUAAAUCCUACGCCAAACGUCAGGCAUCAACUAUAGAUACUUAACCUGUUGUGUCCCAUUAGCAUGAUCAGUGUUGUUGCAGAAGCCUUGUUUGAAUGCGUUGUGAUCCCCUUAGAAGAUGUUGUUGUAGCUUUGUCUACAACAUGAUUCUCCUGGGUGUCAACCUGUCGAGGAUCUCCAUCUUCUUCCUGUAAAAUCGACAUAGGGCAUCCGAUCUGUCCUUCUGCUGAAGUUUUAAUAAAAUUGUCUUCACUGC